AUGACUAACCGUGUUGUGAGUAAUAAUUACAAAUCGGAGUGUUUCCAUGUUAAUUGGAUUGGAAAUUUGAAAGAGAUCGGAGAAAUUGAAGUAGAAGGAUUGAAAUGGUGAGUUAUUCAAUUAAUCUAUUAUUCAUAACAUUUAUUAAUUACAGGAAAAUUGGUAUUAAAGAAACGAACAUCGAUGGAAGUGACUAUCUAACAUUUUGCUUGCCUGUUCCUAAAAUCGAAAACGAAACAAAGGAUAAUAAAAUGUACAAUGUACAAUUCAUGGUGGUUGAUCGAACUGGAAAUAACAAAAAUUUGACGUGCAAUUUGAAUUUCUCGAAUCAAGAUAUUAUCGAAAAUGAUGUUAAAGAAGUGACAUUUAACGAGAAAUCGUGGAGAACUAUUUACAAUGAAACUUGUUCUGAUAUGAAUGGAUCCAGUGUCGACAGAUAUCGAAAAAAUGAUCAUAUUUCCAUCAAAACUACAGUCUCGGUGACUUCUCAUAAUUUCUUCAACAAUAUUCCGGGUGUCACUGAUAUUGUUUUGAAAGUAGAAAAUACCGAAUUCUAUAUGAACAAAAGAGUGGGUUGAUCAUAUUUUUUAUUAUUUAUAUGAAUUUAUUCUUAUUUCAGGAUUUGUGUAUGAAUUCGGAUUAUUUUUAUGAUUUGUUCGUUGUUCAAAAAUGCGAGGACAAAGUUAUCGAAAUCCAAGAUGUUGAUGUCGAUGAUUUUUCGAUGUUUUUAAUCCUACUUGAUCAUAGAAGCACGCUCGGAUCGCCAAAUUUUUCGAGCAGUCUUAGAUGUAAGCAUUUUGAAAUUAUAUAGACCACAAACAUGGUUUUGUGCAGACUAUAACCACUAUAAUUUCAAUUAAAUUCCAGCCGGUGAUUUCGAGAAAUAUCUCUUUUUGGCUGACCGAUUCGAAGCAAAGAUUAUUCAUUCGAAAAUCGCGUUUGCGAUGAAUUUGAUGUUCGAAGUUCAGCCAAAAUCCACAACCGCUUUUGAUUAUUCAACAAUUCGCUUGAAGUGUUUGAAAUUUGCUGAUAAAUAUAAUUACACCAACAUUUUGGUAAGCUAAGAUUUUUUUAUUCAAAGAAAAAUUAAUUAUAAUAUUUUUCCAGGAGCAUUGUUUGAAUUCGUUUGGAAGUGUAAAAGAAGUCAAGGAUAUUUCGAAAUGUGAAGAUUUUAUUGGUAUGAGUUCGGAAACCAAAGUUCGCGUUCUUUAUUGCGUUUUGGAAUUUGCUUGA